CCCGGGUCAGACAUCCGGUAUCGCAUGCUCGGUACACUGCAUGCGUGAGAAAAUAGCAGCCUCCUGACAUUCUGGUUGGUAAGCACGAAGAAGAAUGCCGACCGCGGAAGAUCGCUGGAUUGGACGAGGACGUCCAUUGCUUGCCGCUAAUUGCAGGCGAGACGGAACGGCCGUGGGGUCCAAAAAGAAAUCACAACGGUGGUACUACCUGGACAAGCCUAGUAGUAAACCGAGGGUGCCUGGAACUGAAGUGACCGGGGCCAUGGCGGGGUAUCUUUUAGUGCUUCCCGUCGUGCCGCCCGUCCUCAGGCACCGUCCGGCGUCAGCAUUCUAUGCUUCCAGAUCGGUCGCUUGCACCAUGCAAGAUCCAGACCCCUUGGGCGACAGCCAGCUCGUGAGACAUGGAUCGAAGUCCUUCGAAGUUACCAACGCCGGCGCAGGAACCCUAAGUCCAGUCCUGAGCCAGCAAAAAUCCGACGAGGAGGAGAUGGGGACCGUGGCUAAUGCAGAUGGGGCCCCGGUACCUUACUGCUUUGGUUAAGUCCUCCACCCGCAAUCCCUGCCCAGAUGUCCAUCCACCGGCGAGGACGGCGAGGAAUGAUCUUCUCAGUUCCCACUCCUGCACACCUGCGCCCGCGUGCUAUCACAUUCGGCCACACGCGUAUCAUUCAGCCAUCAAGGGCCAAGGGGUUCCCGAGUGACUUUAAUCGUCGCGAGGCUGGGCGUGUGCAACCCCUCCCGCGCCAAUAGCGGGCCCGAUGACUGGUGACUGCCACCAUCCCAGCAAACCAUGUAAGACAGACACGCAGCCUCGCAUAAGCUGGAGAGAAAAAAAUCGAAAAG